GUGUUCCAAUAUUGUACAGUUUUAUUUAAGUGGUCAAAAAGUUCAAUUUAAAUUUAUUUCUACAACUAAAAGUUCGGCAAACAGUCAAUCAUCACCAGGAGUGGUUCUAAACAAGCACUGAAACGGAACAAUCUUCGAAUUAUCGCUCGCACUCAACAAAACGAAGGGGAACGAGAAUAAGCCAGCAAGGAAUCAAGUUUAGAAAGUUUGAAUUAUGUAGGACAUGAUACAGUUAUCAGUGUUAUUCAACAACAGUUCCAGUGUUAAACUGCAGUACAUUUCUGUCCGAGAACCUAGUGAUCAGUCAUAAUGUUAAACAUACUGGAUAUUAUUUUCCUAGGCUUAGCUUUCGCGGUCACUUUUACCGGUGUUCUCAUUAAUAAUUUCGAAAAACAUGUGCCUGCUUUUAUUAUAAAGGGCUACAGAUACGGCAGCUUCGCGUAUAAAGGUUCUGAUGCAAAUUUCUUGCAGUUAAUAGAGAUUCCAAAGGCUUGGUACAGACAUUUCUAUUUGUUUUCAUCAUUAUUCGGUGGAGUAACAUUGUUUUAUAUGAUAUUGGUUUAUUGUUGGGGUUUCACUGUGAACGAAUAUGUGAGAUUUAUAUUGAGGUUGUUACUUGAGCAAGAAGAAGCAUCAGUAUCCGUAACAGCAGCUGUUGUUACAAUGACACUCCUUACAAUCCAAUGUACAAGAAGGUUGUAUGAAACCUAUUUCGUGCAGGUUUUUGCUAAAACCAGCAAAAUGAAUCUGAGUCAUUACCUAGCAGGCAUUAUACACUAUUUUGCCUGCAUUGUGGCUGCUGUUGGCCAAGCCCCAUUGUUUUGUGGCAAACAAAACCGAGAAGGGAUCGUGUGGAAUGACGCAUGGACAUCAAUCUUCAUCGUACCAUGCUCGAUCACAUUCCUCGCGUGUUGGUAUGAGCAGUUCAAGACGAACCUUAUUUUCGCGAACCUCCGUAAAGAUAAGAAAACUGGUACAGUGGUCAGCGAGGCACAUACGGUGCCGCACGGCAGGCUGUUCAAUACAGUGUCGAGUCCGCACAGAUUGUGCGAGGUCGUGAUGUACACUGUACUUUUAUUUCUGAUGCCGACUAAGACAUUCUUCUGUAUAUAUCUGUGGGUGCUUGGUAAUCAGAUUCAAACCGCCAUCCAAGCGCACGAAUGGUACAUCCAGACUUUCAAGAACUAUCCAAAGAAUAGAUGGGCCAUCUUCCCUCAAUUAGUUUAGUAAAACGAGACUGAAAUUAUAAUUACGUAUUUGUAAUCUUAUAAAAAAAUGGCACAGUCCAACAAUUUAUCUGUUCACGGAGUAUAUUGCCCUACGUAAAAAUAUUAAAUCGUUAUGAAUGUAAUUAAAAAAUCACUUGUCUGCCUUCACGCCAAAUACCUCUUUUUAAUAUUGGCGAAAUAAUUGCAAUAACAAAACAAACUGCCCGAGUUUCUUGUUCGCGUCAAGAACCGUAUUUUAUUUAAAAUUAUUGCGUUUAUGGAUAUAUUAUCUGUUCCACUGUUUUUCUAAUCGCAUAGAUAUUUUCAAAUAUUUUGUAGGGAUGACAAGAUCUUAAGUAAAGUGGACAUAGAUACCUGUUGGCCUUGCCUGUAAAAGGUCGCCAAGUUAUAGCUCCACUUCUAAUUUUAAGACCGCAAUGUGAAUAAAAUACAAUAUAAAAUCCCUCUUUCAGACGUGUGAAAAAACAAUAUGAAAAUGAUGUGUAUAGUGUGGGGAAAGGAGAAAAAAUAUGGUAAAUCUGAUCGAAAAAGGCUGAUAUGUUGUAAACAAGAAUAUUUAUUACUUUUAAAUAGAGGCUUUAUUUAUUGUAUAAAGAAAAAGAAAUGUUUAUCUCCAAUAUUUUACAUUAGUCAAACGAAAACAUAUUUUGAAUAAAAUAAAUUGUUUUAAUUUA